AGUUAGCAAAGGAAAAUGUGGCAAAAUAUCUGUGCUUUACUAAUAAUUUCGACAAGUGUGUUCGCGGAGUACAAGUAUAACACUAAAUGGUUCAAUGUUCCUUUGGACCACUUCAGUUAUCACAGAAAUGAGACGUUCAACAUAAAAUACUUGGUCAACGAAGAGUUUUGGGAUCAAGGAGGGGGACCGAUCUUCUUUUAUACGGGCAAUGAGGGUCAAAUUGAGCAGUUCGCGAAACACACUGGGUUCAUGUGGGAUAUCGCGUCGGAGUUCAAAGCCAAGCUGGUCUUUGCUGAACAUCGAUAUUAUGGCGAAUCAAUGCCAUUCGGCAAUAAAUCUUUGGAUAACGAGCACAUCGGGUUCCUGUCAUCGGCGCAGGCGCUGGCGGACUACGCGGAGCUGAUCAACUUCCUACAAGGCGACGUCACACAUUCCAAAUACCCGGUUAUUGCUUUUGGUGGUUCUUAUGGAGGCAUGUUAGCAGCCUACUUUCGUAUGAAAUACCCGCACGUAGUAACCGGUGCCAUCGCUGCAUCUGCGCCCAUCCACAUGUACCCUGGCAUGGUGCCGUGCGAAGCGUACUCCAGAAUCGUCACUUCCAGCUACAAGAUCACUGAUCCUAAAUGUGUGGAGAAUAUUAGGGAAUCUUGGAAUUUAAUCAAAAACGUCUCGUCAAAUCCAAACAAUACACUCCAAAAGGACUGGAAGCUUUGCGACCCUGUUAAGAAUUCAUCAGAUACUAACACAUUACUAGAAUUCCUACAAUCCGUUUAUGAGACAAUAGCGAUGGUGAAUUAUCCGUUUCCUAGCGAUUUUCUUAUGUCGUUACCUGGACAGCCUGUUAGAUAUGUCUGCCAAUAUCUAAACACUACUUUGACCGGCGACAAGCUCCUUAAGGCUAUUGGACAAGUUAUACAAGUCUACGCGAAUUAUGAUGGCAAGAGCAAAUGUAUAGACUACAGAAAUAGUAACUACGGAAACUUGGAUGCUAAUGGUUGGGACUAUCAGGCCUGCACAGAGAUGGUAAUGCCAAUGUGCACAACAGGCGUAGACGACAUGUUCCCGCCAAGUCCCUGGAACUUUACCGAUUUCUCCAAAACCUGUCACGACAAGUAUGGGGUGUACCCUCGACCUAACGCUGCUAAAAUCGAGUAUGGUGGAGACAAAAUACAAUCGGCUUCGAAUAUCGUGUUCAGUAAUGGCCUUUUGGAUCCUUGGGCUGGAGGCGGUAUACUGAACAGCAUCAGCGAGUCGGUGGUGGCAGUGGUGAUAGUGGACGGCGCACAUCACCUCGACCUGAUGGCUAGCAACCCAGUCGACCCUCCCACCGUGCGGGAGGCCCGCAACAUUCACAAGCAAAACAUCCGCAAAUGGAUUAGAAAUUUUAGAGACUCAAAAAACUAAUUUAACAUGUGAUUUUUACAAUUAAGACUUUCAUAUUCCAUCAUUGAUGAGGAACACGUUUCUUAAAUCGAUGAUAUCUAAAACGUGUAUCCGCGGCUUAGACUAUAUUUUUUCCAUCCUUUAGAUCCGGGGGCCGCGCUUUACAAAGUUAAAUAGGUAUAAUAAAAUUGUCUCUACAAAAAACUAUGUAACCGCGUUUUGAACUAUUAAAUUUGAUAGUUGGUUUUGACAUUGUCUUUGAUAUUUGUUGCUGUACGAAAUUGUAGUUUAGCCUUCCUAAA